AUGAGCAACCAAAUCUCCCGACUAAGCUUGAGCGGUAUCCGAGCGUCUUUCGUUUCUGUGAAAGCAAGCUCAGAAUUUGAGUCGGAUGAAAAUAUGGUCGAUGUAGACGUUGAUUUACGUCUAUGCGAAGACGAGAAGCUGCGUAAUGGCUACUACCACAUUGUCUUUGCUCAUCCUGAAUCUUUGAUUUCCACUAAAUAUGGUCGGGAAUUAUUGAUGUCCAAAAUUUACCAAGAAAAUGUCGUUGCCAUUGUCGUUGACGAAGCUCACAGCAUAUUGGACUG